AUGGGAAUACAAGGACUUCUUCCGUGCUUCAAGCACGUUACGAAGAAGGGACAUAUUUCCGAGUAUAAAGAUAAAAAAGUAGCUGUUGAUGCAUAUGUAUGGCUUCAUAGAGGAGCAUACAGUUGCAGUGCAGAACUUUGUCAAAACAAGCCCACCGAUAAAUUUAUAACUUAUUGCAUGCACAUGGUGAAUCUGUUGAAACACCACAAGGUUAUUCCUGUCCUUGUGUUCGAUGGAGCCAGAUUACCCUCAAAAGCUGAAACAGAGAGUGAGCGAAGAACGAAAAGAAAAGAAGCUCUCGAGCAAGCUCAGAUUCACCUUCAAAACCACAGAUAUGAACAAGCGAACGAAUGCUUUAGAAAAGCUGUAGAUAUUAAGCCCUCCAUGGCUCAUCAGUUAAUGUUGCAAUUGAAAAAAGACAAUGUAGAGUUUGUUGUGGCACCCUAUGAAGCAGAUGCCCAGAUGGCUCAUAUGGCUCGUACUGGCUAUGUUGCUUGUGUUGUUACUGAAGAUUCGGAUUUAAUUCCGUUUGGAGCUCCAAGAAUUUUCUACAAGAUGGACAAAUAUGGCCACGGGAAACAAUUGUGUCUUGGUGACAUUACGAUAACACCACCAAGUAAGAGUGGUUUAGAUUUCACAAAGUUUACACAUGACAUGCUGUUGAGAAUGUGUAUUUUGUCAGGGUGUGAUUAUUUGGAUUCGCUGCCCGGUGUGGGACCGAAAACAGCACACAAAAUCAUCAAAGAAAACAAAACAGUACCAAAAAUUAUGGAGUGCCUGAGGAGGAUGGGAAAAUUCAAGAAACAAGAAUCAACACAAGAGGAAUCGCAAAAUUCACCCUCAUUAUCACUUUCUGCUGGUUCAUCAUCUAAUUCAUCUUUAAGUCAAGAAUUAACUCUAACAGAAGAAGAAUAUAGGGAGCUCUUCAUACGGGCAGAAUUAACUUUCAGACAUCAGCGAGUUUUUGACAUUCCCACCCAGAAACUUUGUUGUUUAACCGAGCCACCUUCAUGCCUUACAGAAGACGAUAUUUUAUUUUGUGGGCCAGUCAAGGAUCCUGAUAUUAUUGUUCAGAUCUGUAAUGGCCUCAUUGAUCCCAUGUCGCACAAACCUUUCAUAGUGGCCGGUUCCAAAACGACUCUUGCCCUUACCCCUCUCAACACCAACAAAAUUCAAUCUUAUUUUUCAUCAACACCUAAAGCACAACCUUCCCAUUCCUUGCCUAAAUCGGUUUUUAAACCACCUCUUAAGGUGCUGUCUCAAGAAAUACCAGCAGGCUCAUCCUAUGCUGCAACUCCAACACGACCAAGCACCAAUCCUUCAACUCCAAGCUCAGCGAGCACAGUCAGAAAGGCAGUCACAAGCAAAUUUUUCACACCGAAAGAGGCAACAAGCAGUGGUGGGGGUAAUAGCCAACCAUUGUCAAGUUCUCAGCCAUUACCGAGCGCAUCCAAUUCUUCCUCUUGUGAAGUGAGCUCUCGAAAAAAGUCGCUUUUUUCGACACUCUUUUCACAAGAAUCCUCUCAAGAAGCACUUAAUUGUGACCUUCUUGCUCAGAGUUCUUCUUCUGCAUUUUGCAUUAAUAAUUACAAUGACAACCUCACAACAGCCAUAUUGAAGACUGAAAAGCUGCAGAGACAAUAUGCUCAAUCAAAAAAGAAUAAGGAAGGUUAUGUCGAAGAAGUUAAUGCUGAAGACUUUUCUUAUGAAGAACCUCCUUCUCCUACAUUAUUUAAAACACCGUCUCGUUCAUUGUCGUAUGAUGCUGCAGAAGAAACAGUGUAUCAUCAAAGGAAGCAACAGCAACAACAAACGAGCACCUCAAAUCUCCUUACAAAAAAGCUUCCUCUCAGUCAACCUCUUCCACCAUCUUCUUCAGAUUCAUCACUAAAAAAGAGAAAGAGCUCAUUUGUCGACAAGUUUAUAAGGAAAACACCAAGUUCCUCACAAAAAUCAGACCUUUCACAAGGGCUUAGCUCUUCUCAAUCAUCCAAUGCCUCAAGCUCAUCAACAGAGCAUCCUCAACCAUCCUCGCAACCUCUGUCACAGCCCACCCAAACUACGCUUGCUUCUUCAAAAUCGUUGAAAAAUUUAUUUUUCUAUGAUCUGAGUAGCGAUGAAGAUUUGGAGCCAGCCAACAAGAAGGUCAAACAACAUCAACUAGCAGUGACUGUUGUGGACUCUAGUGAAGAAGAUGAAGAAUUAGUGGAACUUAAUUACUCAGUGAGAGCACAAAGUUAUUCUUCAACAACGGCAUCUACAGAUAUGAGCUCGGAGAAGAACGUUUUUGAAUUAUUCUUGUCCAAUGAUAAAGAUGAUUAG